GACAAAUUUAAUUUAACCUCACUUUGUCUGUUUCUCAAUAGCUUCUUCGUAACUUUUUAUCCUUGCCCUACCUUGCCUGCAUUUAUUUUGAAAAUAAAGAAUGAACAGUCUAAAAACGUGUGAUAGUAAAAGUGUAAAAUUUUUUCAAAAAUUUGGUUUUAUAGGAGGAGGAAAUAUAGCAAAAGCAAUAUGUGAGGGAAUGGUUCGUAAAAAAUUAAUCUCAUUUUCACAAGUAUACGUGUCAAGCGCUACAACUUCAAGUUUGCAAUAUUGGAAGGAUAAAGGGGCCUUCACCACGACUGUUAAUGGGGAGAUUGCAGACGAAGCAGAUGUGAUAUUUUUAGCAGUAAAACCUCAUAUUUUGGCUGAAGCUGUUGCACAACUUCUACAAACAUACACACCCGCAAAAGCAACAAACAAAUUGUUCAUUUCUGUGUUAGCAGGCACAACUUUGGCUGCUAUUGAAAAUAUUUUACAAGAAGUGAAUGGUGCAAGAGUUAUGCGUGUGAUGCCGAAUACCCCUCUGCUUGUGGGUGAAGGCUGUUCUGUAUACUGCCCAGGCCAAUAUGCUACAGAGGAUGACAUAAAUUUGGUGAAGACCAUCUUCGAAGUCUCCGGUGUAUGUGAAUUAGUACCAGAAUCUUUAAUCAGUGCUGUUGGUGCUUUGGCAGGAAGUGGACCCGCAUUUAUAUACAUAAUUAUUGAGGCCUUGUCAGACGGCGGUGUAAAAUUAGGUAUCCCUCGUAAGACGUCGACAAUGUUUGCUGCUCAAACUGUACUUGGUGCUGCUAAGAUGGUGUUAGAAACAGGCAAACAUCCAGGUGUUUUAAAGGAAGAAGUUACAUCUCCCGGUGGAACUACAAUAGCUGGCAUUCAUGAAUUAGAAAAGGGAGGACUUCGAGCUACUUUAAUGGAUGCUUUGGAAGCCGCAGCAAAACGGUCUGCCGUUUUAGGUCAACAAAAACAUAAUUGAUUUCAUUUAUAGAGGUGAAAAUUUGGCAAUAAAUUCAUGGACUUGCGCUAGUGCUCGGAUUGAUAUUUCAAUUGUUGUUUUUGUUUAUGCAUUAAUAAAGAUACUGAUCUGCUUUAUACAAGCCACAUUAAAUUUA